CACACCAUUUUGAUAGUUCUGAAGAGUUAUCAAGGAACUACAGUCCAAUGUGCACAUCUCCUGCUUACAUUUUGGGAUCACCAAGAUUCAAUUUGUCAAGAUCCUGUGAACUGCAGUCAGCAAAUUCAUUAUCUCAAAGCUCUGACCAGGAAAAUAGACAGUCAUACAAGAUCAAGUCAAGUUACAAAUCUUUUGCUGCAAUUCCUACAAAUACAUUACUUCGAGACCAAAAGGCGAUUGAUAAACCUGAUAUAAAUACAACUACUGCAAGUAAAGAAAACCUGGAUCCACAUCAAGAGAUGUGUUCUCCUGCAUUACUUAGGCAACAAACUGAGGAGAUAUGUGCCGCAAUUGAUGAGGUGCUUCAUGAUGACCCUCUGCCCGUGCAUUGCAAAGCUGCAUCGAAACCUACAAUAAGGAAGAGAGACUCUAAAUCUGCUAUUAUAUUGAGGUCUCCACCGAAAUCAGCUGGACGAGAGACAAAAUAUGCUUCGAUUCAGCAACGAGCAAACACAAGAACAAAUAACCUACAGACAAGACCUGGGGUGAUUCGUCCUAUUUCAUUAAAAAUAAGUGCAAAGGAAAAUGAGGAUGGACCUGUUUCUCCCUUUGACUUUCAGCAAAUCUCCAUGCCUCAAUACAGAAAAGAGACAUAUUUUGUAAGUGACCUCAAUGUUUUUUCAGUUUAUUCAGUG